AUGGAAAGUCCCACCGCUACGUCCUCGAUCACAAACUGUACCCUUGAAGAACACAAGCCCUCUUUGAAUAAAGCCGAGCCUAGUUCAUUGGCCUCCCAGUUCGAAAAUAUCUUGCAGCGGAACAUAGAAUCUGGGUACAAGCCUCGACGCCUCGGAGUCACCUGGAACAACCUAACUGUCAAAGCGAAAAGCACAGAAGCCACAGUAAAUGAGAAUGUCUUUUCGCAGCUCAACAUUUUCAGUCGCCUGCAACAACACCGACAGGGCAUACCUCUGAAAACGAUUCUGCACCAAAGCCAUGGGUGUGUCAAACCAGGAGAAAUGUUGCUUGUCCUCGGGCGUCCUGGGUCCGGCUGUACAACGCUAUUGAAAAUGCUCGCCAACCGGAGGGCCGGGUAUGAAGAAGUAGAAGGCGAUGUAUGGUAUGGCAGUAUGCGACACGACGAGGCUGCAGAGAACUACAGCGGUCAAAUUGUUAUGAAUACAGAAGAAGAGAUUUUCUUCCCCACGUUGACUGUUGGGCAAACGAUGGAUUUUGCUACUCGCCUGAAGGUACCGAGUCACCUACCUAGUGACCUUGAAAGUGGAGAUGCGUACCGUGCAGACAUGAAGAAAUUUCUCUUAGAGAGCCUUCGCAUCUCUCAUACGGCAGAAACAAAAGUAGGGAAUGAAUAUGUUCGCGGCGUCUCCGGCGGGGAACGGAAGCGUGUUUCUAUUCUGGAAUGUCUGGCGUCUGGUGCUUCUGUCUACUGUUGGGAUAACAGCACGAGGGGUCUGGAUGCAGCGAGUGCAUUGGACUGGGCAAAAAUGAUGCGUGCGAUGGCCGAUGUGCACGGCAGCUCAAUUAUUGUGACUCUCUACCAGGCCGGAAAUGAUAUUUUCCGUCUUUUUGACAAGGUGCUUGUUCUCGAUGAGGGGAAACAGAUUUAUUAUGGCCCUGGUAGUCAAGCGCAAAGGUUUAUGGAGGAGCUUGGAUUUCAAUGUAGCGACGGUGCUAACAUUGGAGAUUACCUGACCAGUGUUACAGUUCCUUCGGAACGCCGAAUUUGCUCCGGAUACGAAUCCAUAUUUCCCAGAAAUGCUGAGGCCAUCCUCUUAUCAUACUGGAACUCACCUCUACAAACACGGAUGGCUUCUGAGUACGAUUACCCAGCUAGCGAAGUUGCCCAGAAACAGACCAAAGAUUUUAAGGAUUCUGUUGCUUUGGAGAAGCACCACCCAAGGAGUAUAACUACUGUUGACUUUGCUGCACAGGUACGUGCCUGUAUUAUUCGCCAGUAUCAAGUGCUCCUUGGUGAUAAGAAAACGUUCGCCAUGAAGCAAGGCUCAACGUUAAUCCAAGCUCUGGUGGCCGGUUCAUUGUACUACCAAGUAGACACUGACACUUCUGGGCUUUUCCUCAAGUCUGGUGCGUUAUUCUGGUCCAUACUAUACAACAGCAUGAGCGCUAUGUCUGAGGUUGUCGAUUCCUUCUCUGGAAGGCCGAUGGUAGUAAAGCACAAAGCCUUUGCUUAUUGCAAACCGGCUGCGUUUUGUAUUGGACAAUUAGCUGCUGAUAUUCCGAUCACAAUCUUCCAGAUCAGUAUCUGGUCUCUAAUUCUAUACUUCAUGGUCGACCUGAAGAUGUCUUCUGGGGCGUUCUUUACGUACUUCAUCGUCCUCUUCGCUUGUGCAAUGUGCUCUACGGCUUUGUUUCGUGCCGUUGGUGCGAUCUUCCGAACGUUCGACGGUGCUUCCAAAGUAUCAGGAUAUGUUGUUACCAUCAUGGCCAUGUACGCAGGCUACCAAAUUCAGUACGUCCAAAUGCACCCGUGGUUUGGAUGGCUAUACUGGCUUAAUCCCGUUGCAUACGCCUUUGAUGCGUUGAUGAGUAACGAGUUCCGUGGCCAAGACAUCAGCUGCACCGGCGGCAACCUGAUCCCUCACGGUGAAAGCUACGCGAAUGUGAGUACCGCCCAUCAGUCCUGCGCUGGCGUCAGAGGUGCAGUUCCAGGGUUUGCCUCUUUAACCGGAGAGCAAUAUCUGGGUGCCUUAUCAUAUAGCGAUACGCACAUCUGGCGGAACUUUGGUAUUCUCUGGGCCUGGUGGAUCUUCUAUGUAACCCUUACGGUUGGCGCAACUAUGUUAUGGAAAAGCCCCUCUGAGUCCGGAGCACAGCUACUGAUUCCUAGGGAAAAGCUGGCCCAUCAUCUACGGCGCGGCGCUGACGAUGAGGAGUCUCAAGCGGUGGAGAAGGGCUUUAGCUCCCCGAAGGACCAGGAGCAAUCAGAUGGCUCGAAACCCUUAGCUACGCCCACUAAUGAGGCGCAGUUGGUCAAGAAUACCUCUAUAUUUACCUGGAAGAACCUGACAUAUACUGUCAAAACCCCUUGCGGGCCCCGUGUGUUACUGGACAACAUUCAAGGAUGGGUGAAGCCCGGCAUGUUAGGUGCUCUCAUGGGUGCAUCUGGAGCGGGGAAGACCACAUUAUUGGACGUCCUUGCCCAGAGAAAAACGGAAGGCAAAAUUGAAGGAUCAAUCAUGGUGGAUGGCCGGCCUUUGCCAAUUUCGUUUCAACGGUCAGCUGGGUACUGUGAACAGCUUGACGUCCACGAACCAUACGCAACUGUUAGAGAGGCCUUGGAGUUUUCAGCCCUUCUGAGGCAACCUCCUGAUACCUCUGAAAAUGAAAAGCUUCGAUACGUCGACAUUAUCAUUGAUCUACUUGAGCUUGGAGACAUUGCCGAUACUCUCAUCGGAAAGCCUAAUGCAGGUGGUUUGAAUGUUGAGCAAAGGAAGCGUGUUACCAUUGGGGUCGAGUUAGUCGCCAAGCCUAGUAUCUUGAUAUUUCUAGACGAGCCAACAUCAGGACUAGAUGGACAGUCUGCCUUUAAUACCAUGCGCUUUCUGAGAAAGCUCGCAAGUCAGGGUCAAGCCAUCUUAGUUACCAUCCAUCAGCCAUCGGCCCAAUUGUUCUACCAGUUUGACACUCUCUUGUUGUUGGCCCCUGGGGGCAAAACUGUCUACUUUGGCGAGAUCGGACAGAACGCCCACACACUGAAGGAGUACUUCGAGCGCUACGGGUCACCCUGUCCUAGCCAUAUGAACCCGGCAGACCAUAUGAUUGACGUGGUUUCGGGUAGGGCCUCAGGUGUCGAUUGGCAUCGUGUAUGGCUAGGGUCACCAGAGUACCAGCAGUCCAUGAUCGAACUCGACAAACUUAUCAGGGAUUCGGCUUCAAAGGAACCAAUGACCAAAUCAAGUUAUGAUGAGAGCGAGUAUGCAACCUCCUUAUGGUACCAAACCAAGGUUGUCCUUCGCCGUAUGAAUAUUGCACUCUUUCGCAAUACCAACUACGUGAACAAUAAAAUAUAUCUCCAUAUCGGCCUGGCCCUAUUCAAUGGAUUUUCAUACUGGAUGAUUGGGGAUAGCGUGAAUGAUAUGCAGCUUCGCAUGUUCACCAUCUUCGUGUUCAUGUUCGUUGCGCCGGGUGUGGUAAACCAGCUCCAACCACUAUUUAUCGAGAGACGGGAUAUAUAUGACGCACGAGAAAAGAAAUCAAGGAUGUAUUCCUGGAAAGCAUUCGUCACAGCACUUAUUGUGUCCGAGUUCCCAUAUUUAUGCGUCUGCGGGGUCCUUUAUUUCCUCUGUUGGUACUAUACCGUUGGAUUUCCAACAGCUUCCGAUAAGGCCGGAGCUGCAUUAUUUGUUGUAGUUCUCUAUGAGUUCUACUAUACGGGAAUUGGCCAAUUUAUCGCAGCGUACUCACCCAAUGCUGUUUUCGCAGCACUGGUCAACCCCCUUCUAGUCGGUAUUAUUGUGUCUUUCUGUGGGAUCUUGGUCCCAUACGACCAAAUCAUUCCGUUCUGGAGAUACUGGAUGUACUACCUCAAUCCCACGACUUACCUGGUCGGGAGCCUAUUGGUAUUUAAUAUGUUUGACGUCAAUGUGAAGUGUACUGACUCCGAGUUCGCCAUAUUUGACCCGCCUUCCGACAUGACAUGUCUGGAAUACGUUUCUGCAUAUCUGGGAGAGUCAGACGCCAAUUUAGUCAAUCCCGAAGCUCGCUCCGAGUGCCGUGUCUGUCCAUAUACUAGCGGGGAUGGUUACUUGAAAACAUUGAAUUUGAAUGACUAUUACUUCGGUUGGAGAGACGUGGGGAUCUUCGUGAUCUUUAUCUUCAGCUCAUAUGGCUUAGUGUAUUUGUUCAUGAAGCUGAGAACGAAAGCUUCCAAGAAAGCUGAGUAA